AUGCCGGGCGGUCCGUCCGCUCGCCAGGUCCGUAUCGUCGACCUGCCGGUUGGAGCCACCGAAGACCGUCUCGUCGGUUCGCUGGACAUCGAGCAGGCCAUCAAGUCCGGCGAAAAGAAUUUUGAGCCUGGGCUGAUCGCCUCUGCCCACCGCGGCAUCCUGUACAUCGACGAGGUCAACCUCCUCAACGACCACCUCGUCGACGUGUUGCUCGACGCCGCCGCCAUGGGCCGCAACUACGUGGAGCGCGAGGGCAUAUCGGUCAGCCACGACGCGGAGUUCAUGCUGGUUGGCACCAUGAACCCGGAGGAGGGCGACCUCCGCCCUCAGCUCCUGGACCGCUUUGGGCUGGCCGUUGAGGUUGACGGUGUUUUCGAACCCCCCGAACGCCGCGAGGUCGUGCGCCGCCGCAUCGCUUUCGAGGGCAGCCCCUUUGAGUUCAUGGACGGUUGGGCAGACGCCGAACAGGCCGAGCGGGAGCGGUUGCUCAGCAGCCAGCAGCGCCUGGCCGAAGUGGUCGUCCCCGACUCGAUCCUCGAGCUCAUCACCGACAUCUGUGCCGAGUACCAGGUAGACGGUCUGCGCGGCGACAUCGUGAUGUACAAGACCGCCAGUACCAUCGCGGCCUACGAGGGUCGCACCGUCGUCGACGUUGAAGACGUGCGUGAAGCCGCGCUGAUGGCCCUCCUCCACCGCCAACGUCGCCAGCCAUUCCAGCAGCCCCAUCUCGUCACCGAGCAGCUGGACAAUAUGCUCGACGACUUCCAGAACCAGCAGCGCGACCGGGAGCCGUCAAACGACCAGGACUCUGGUAAUGACGACCCCGGCGAUUCCGAUAGCGAUAGAGAACCCGACCCUUCCGAAGAUCAGGCUGAAGAACCAACCGACGCCGCCCUCGGCGACGAAUGGUUCGAGGUAGGCGACCCUACGCUGUCCAGAACCUCCAGGUCCAGCCUCCCCGACCGGCGUGCUCGGCACUCUUCCGGUCGCCGCGCUACCACCGUGAGCGGCACCUCGGUCGGGCGUUACGUCGGCGCCCGCCUCCCCGAAGGCUCCGUCUCCGACCUGGCGCUGGACGCCACCCUUCGCGCCGCCGCUCCGCACCAGCAGUCCCGCCGCCAGGCCGCGGACGGGGACGCCUCAGCCCUCCUCAUAGAACCUUGGGAUGUCCCGGUUCCAUGGGCGCACAGCGUCGCAUGGUUGCCGUCCAAGGGCGCGGUCAUGUCGCUGCUGCUCGACGCCUACCAGCGUCGCGAUCGUGUGGGAUUGAUCGCUUUCCGGGGAACCGGCGCCGAGGUGCUGCUUCCACCCACCGGCAGCGUCGAAAUGGCCCAGUGGUGUCUCCAGGAGAUGCCCACCGGCGGGCGCACUCCCCUGGCCCGCGCCCUCUAUCUCGCCAUGGAAACUCUCGAAACCGAACGCCUGAAGGAUCGGGACGUGCUGCCACUCCUGGUGCUGAUGUCCGACGGCCGCGCCAACGUCACCCUCGCCGGCGACCAGUCCUCCAACGUCCUCAACCUUCCUGACGAAGAUUUCAUCAAGCUCGAGCUCGCCAGGAACAUCGCCGACGCCAUGUCCGCGCGCUACAUCAAGCUCGACGACCUGGCCGCGCAGAGCCUCGCCGACGCCGUCCGCAGCGAACUGCCCGGCGAUCGUCCGGUGGAAGAUAUCGCCCAGGCUUAA